AUGCUGCCGAUACGCAAAGUCGGCGGCAGGCGUACCGAGUCGAGCGAGAGGAGCGAAGGGCGCACCGAGGCGGAGAGCGACCUGGAGUUGUUGAGCUGGGAGCCGGCACCGACGAGAAAACGCGCACGCGAGGCGAAGGGGGAGGAGGCCCGCACCAGCAAGCGCGAGGAGCCCCGCACCGGCAACCGCGAGAAUCCCCACGCCAGCAAGCGCGAAGAGCGGUCGGAGGGAAGAAGCAGGAGGCGCACGGUGACGCGGAGGGAGGAGCCCAGAGAGGGGAGGCCAUUGAAGCGGUCGUCCACGCGUUCGACGCGUACGGCCAAGAGAGAGGAGUCGUCGGCACGCACCAGGGGAAGGUCGACAACGCGGCAAGGAGACCAGCAGUCGACAAACCCACAGGAGGCACGGACGCGGUCGGCGCAGGCCGAAAACGGGAGCGAGGAGCCGCUGCCGACGCAGGCCGAAAACGCGGUCGAGGAGCCGCAGCCAACGCAGGCCGAAAUCGCGGCAAACGACGCGGCCGCUGAGGCGCGACGCCUCGCGGAAUGGCGCCGUCGCAUCGCGCUGGCCGCAUCGAAGGAGGAGCUGAGGCAACGGCGCGUAUGGGAGGACGCCCUGGCGCUGGCCAAGAGGCUGAAGGCCGGGCAGGAGGCCGAAAAGGCGGCCCAAGAAGCGGAAGUGGAGUGCCACAAGCGAUACGCCGCGCACCACGAUGAGGAGGAGGCGGAGUGCCCGCCAGCGCCGAAGGCGGCUCGAGUCCAGUCGCCCGAAGAAGAUUGGCAGCAGAGGCUGCGACGAGCCGAGAAAGAGGAAGAAGAGCUCUGGCAACCACCCCCAGAACACGCCGAGUCCGAGGAGGAGCCGCGGCCGCAGGCCCCACAGCCAUCGAGGGCAGAGGAGGAGCUGUUCCAGCGUCGGCCGCCGGCUGAUCAUAAGGAAGGGGAAGCAGCAGACAACGCGCCAGGCCAAGGGGAGCAACAGCAGCAGCAGCAGCAGCAGCAGCAGCACUGGCACGGUCCGCAGGGAGCCGCCAUCGGGCCGUUCGUGUCACAGAAGGUGCGCUCCGCGGUGCGAGAUGGCAUGCUGUGGCACGUGCAAACGCUGCAUAUAUCGUGGGCCUCCGGGCCAGCGCAGCGGCAGCCCGAGCAAGAGACGGAGGAGGCUCGACUGCGGGAGGAGGCACCACGCGCCAGCAACGAGCGGGACCCGAGGCGACGAGCACGGACACAGGAGCCAAAAGGCCCAGCGGUGGCACCCACAGCCGGGGUGUUGCCCGAGGAGUCGCCCGAGGUGACGGCAGACGGCGACGCGGAGGGGCCGGCGAACGCGACGACACCAACGACGGCGGAAGGCCCAGCGGCGGCACCCACAGUCGGCAACAUGAUCUGCCUCUUGAGCGCGGAUCAGCUAGCUGCCCAAACUGCUGAUCAAUCUUUUCCCUAA